UUUUCAACUUCCAUCUUGUUUUUGAGCAGACGGAAAAAUCAUUGCUGAGAAUAUAAAUCCAGUAUCAUCGACAUUGUAUUGUAUUAAUCAAAGGAAUUUAUAAAAUGAGCACUGGAUUGUUAAGAGCGAGGACAUCGCGGAGAUCCAAGACAAAAUCGCCUUAUGUCAGACCCCCUGCAAGUACAACGGGGCCUUCGGUGCAACCAACACGAGAGCCUGCACUUAUCCAGCAUGCCGGAAGUGGUAGCCAAGAUUUAUCGGCUAAUUCCAGUGGCCUUCAAGUCUCAUCCGAGGUCAAUUCCAUGGAUAGCACACUGCCUCAGCUGCAACAGACAACUACGGCUCCAGCAACGACAAAUGUUGCUUAUCAGCCAGGUACAUGUAUACCUGUUAAUCCCCUUGUUAGUAUUACAGCAGAUCUUGGGGCUAACAUACCCUUGACAACACAAGAAAAAAUCUGGAAUAAUGAGUAUAUAGAUCUUGCUAAGUUAUUGCAUUUAGAUCCAGCUGCUGAAAUUCAGCAACUGCUUGUGUUUGAGGAUGGUGAAAUUAAAAUCAAGAACAAAUCAAAGGAUAGGAAAAUUGUCAAUAUUUCAGAAUGGACUGAUUCCUUUUUGAUUUAUGCUGCCAUCUAUUUAAAAAAGUUUCCUCAGCAUGUUCAAGGCAUUUUAAAGUAUAUCAGUUCUAUAAGGCUAGGGGCUUCACGGUCUACCACUUUGGGGUGGAGGGAUUAUGAUAUUCAAUUUAGGCUUAGGCGCUCCAAAAAUAGCUUGAUCAGUUGGGAAAACAUAGAUGCAGAAUUAUGGUUGAUUUACAUGGGUCAGGCAACAGUCGCUGAACGCAAGCCCACUUCUACUUUGCAUCAGCACAGGCGUUGUUAUGAUUUCAACUUGAAGGGUUCAUGUCUUAAGAAAGAUUGUAGAUAUUUACACUCUUGUCUAAAGUGCGGACAAAACCACCCCUCUAUCAAAUGUUACAGUAAUCAAACCAGCCAAAAUACACCAAAAGGGGCUUCGCACAUGGUCGGUCGUCAAAACAUUAAUCCUAAUGUGACCCAAUCUAGAUUCUCAAGGCCAUUUCGGCAAUGAAGAUCCAUGCCUUUGGGAUUUAGGUUUUACACCAAUCAAUGUUACCACUUUAAACAACUUGUUACAAGAUUAUCCAGAUAAAACAGUGGCAAAUCAACUUUUACAUGGGUUUACAUAUGGUUUCUCAUUGAAUUAUGAGGGUCCCAGGGGUUCAGUAUCUUGUAAAAAUAUGGUUUCAGCCUUGGAGCACAAAGAUGAAUUAUUAGCUAAACUGAACAAAGAAAUUGACUUAGGUCGUAUAAUGGGUCCAUUUGAUGCCCCACCAUUUAAAAAUUUUCAUUGCAGCCCAAUAGGACUGUUACCCAAAAAACAGGGGGGUUGGAGGUUAAUCACCAACUUAUCUGCUCCUCAUGGAAACAGUAUUAACGAUUUCAUUAAUCCUGAAAUUUGCUCAGUUAAUUAUUCAUCUUUUGAUCAAGCUGUUAGCAUGGUUCAAAAACUAGGAAAAAAUGCACAAUUAGGGAAAAUGGAUAUUUCUAAUGCAUUCAGGUUGUUACCAAUUAGACCCCAAGACUUCAGUCUUCUUGGUUUUAAGUUUCUUGAUAAAUAUUACAUAGACAAAUGUUUACCGAUGGGUUGUGCCAUAUCGUGUGCUUUAUUUGAAAAAUUUUCCAGUUUUUUACAAUGGGUGGUAGAGUAUAACACCAACUUGAAAAAUGUUCUUCAUUACUUGGAUGACUUUUUAUUUGCUGGAGCUCAUGGUACAAACAAUUGCAAAAUUUUGAUGGAUUCAUUUCAAAAUAUCUGUAAUGGGUUAGGUGUUCCUGUUUCAGAAGAAAAAACUGAAGGUCCAACAACAUACAUAGUGUUCUUAGGUUUAGGUAUAGACUCAGUUAAUCAGACAAUUUUCAUUCCAAAGGAUAAAGUAGAAUCUUUACAAAAAGAAAUACUGGAA